AUGUUAGUUAACGAUUCAAGAUUAAACCAAGUAGAUUCUGCUGAAAGAAGAGAAGUUCACAAACCACAAAUGGAAUUUGGUGAACAACAAGAUAUGGUCAUGGCCAAUAAUGAAAUCCCUGGGAAAUUAGGGGAUUUAAUUAACGAGUUAAAGAAACAUUUAGGUGGUAAAGGUCUUAGUUGUAAGGAUAUCAAUGUUGAAGAGAUCCAAAAGAUCAUGGAAAGUUAUGAAGCUGCUGAUGAAGAUUGGGCUAAAUAUGGUUUACAUGAUUCUUCAAGAAAUUAUACUAGAAAUGGGAUUGUUAAUAUUAAUGGUAAUGCUAAUUUAUUGAUAUUAUGUUGGUCACCAGGGAAAUCUUCUGCUAUUCAUGAUCAUGCUAAUGCUCAUUGUGUUAUGAAGAUUUUAAAGGGGAACUUAAAAGAAUCUCUUUACAAUAUCCCUAAUGGCGAAGCUAUGGAAUUGAAGAAAGAGACCAUUUUACAAACCCAACAAGUUGGAUAUAUUUCUGAUGAUAUUGGUUUACAUAAGAUCUCUAACCCUGAUGAUACUGUAAGUGUUUCAUUGCAUUUGUACACUCCACCAUAUGCUUCAUUAUAUGGAUGUUCUAUGUAUGAUGCUAAUGGAGUCAAACAUCAUGUUGACAUGAGUAAAUAUUAUAGUUGGCAAGGAGAAUUGGUCAACAAAAACGGUGGAUCUACCUGUUAG